AUGUCUUAUGAGAUGAACUAUCUUGGUGCGCGCGCCUUCAAUCACGAGCAAUCCAGUCAAGCGGAGGAAGAAUACGAUCGCCUUCGAAGCCUCGCGCGACAAGAAGCAAAUAAGCGCAACAAUUGUUUCGAAAGGUCAAAACAAGCCUACGAAGAUGGCGACGGGGCCCGCGCCAAACAACUCUCGGAAGAAGGCAAAGAGCACGGCCGCAGAAUGCAAGAAUACAACAAACAAGCUUCCGAGUUCAUAUUUAGAGAGAACAAUGCCUCUGGAAGAGUGCCUGAGGAUACCAUUGAUUUGCAUGGACAGUUUGUAGAGGAAGCGGAGGAUAUCCUCGAGGAGCGGAUCAAGUAUGCGCGUCAACAUGGGCAGACGCAUUUACAUGUCAUUGUCGGUAGAGGAAAUCACUCCACCAACCACGUUCAGAAAAUAAAACCGCGCGUCGAACAAGUCUGUCGCGAACUGGGAUUACAAUACGCCACAGAAGAGAACGCGGGGAGAAUCUAUAUCAACCUGGCGGGUGGUCCGGCUGAGAUGCCACUCUCUCAACCUCAUCAACCUUAUCAACAACAGCCCCAUUAUGGUGGUGGUGGUGGAUAUCCAGGUCAACAACAACCGCAUCACCAAGGUCAGCCACAACAGGGUAAACAGGAUGAUAUUGAGGCUAUUGUUGAAAAGGUUCUGCCGAGGGUGCUGCGGAAGCUUGGUGAUUGUUGUAUUGUUAUGUAA